GCAGUGAUAGGCAAUGGCACAAGUUAAGAUGCAGACUACAGCAAACCUGUCCGGACCUACCAUGUCCCCUAUGGUGCUACCCCUACCAGUUACAGCUACAAAUACACUGGGUCUGCCGUCCUCAAUGAACGGAUCCAUUUCGGAAUCGGCUGCCAGCUGUAGCAGCCCUACUGCCGGCCUUGUGGAUCCUGCGCCUUCUAGCAACUCACCAGCUCCUCUCCAAGAUAACAUGGCAAACCCCAAAGAGAAAACUCCAAUGUGUCUGGUAAAUGAGUUAGCCCGUUUCAAUAGAAUUCAACCCCAGUAUAAGCUUCUGAAUGAAAGAGGGCCUGCUCAUGCCAAGAUGUUCACAGUGCAGCUGACUCUUGGAGAACAGAAUUGGGAAGCUGAAGGAAGCAGUAUUAAAAAGGCCCAACAUGCUGCUGCUAGCAAAGCAUUGAAUGAAACUACCCUUCCCAAACCAACGCCUCGACCACCCAAAAAUAAUGUUAACAAUAAUCCAGGCAGUAUAACUCCGACAGUGGAGCUGAAUGGUCUGGCUAUGAAAAGAGGAGAGCCUGCCAUCUACAGGCCAUUAGAUCCAAAGCCAAUGCCCAAUUAUAGAGCAAAUUAUAAUUUCCGGGGCAUGUACAAUCAGAGGUAUCACUGCCCAGUGCCUAAAAUUUUCUAUGUCCAGUUAACUGUUGGCAACAGUGAGUUUUUUGGUGAAGGAAAGACUCGUCAAGCUGCUAGACAUAAUGCUGCAAUGAAGGCCCUUCAAGCUCUCCAGAAUGAACCUAUUCCAGAAAAAUUACCUCAGAAUGGAGAAACAGGAAAAGAAUCAGAAGAAGAUAAAGAUGCAAACAAGUCUGAAAUCAGUGUAGUGUUUGAAAUUGCUUUGAAGCGCAAUAUACCUGUCAGUUUUGAGGUGAUUAAAGAAAGUGGACCUCCUCACAUGAAGAGCUUUGUUACACGAGUUACAGUAGGAGAAUUCACUGCAGAAGGAGAAGGCAACAGUAAGAAGCUCUCAAAGAAACGUGCUGCAAUGGCUGUCCUACAAGAACUUAAGAAACUUCCUCCUCUUCCUGUGAUUGAAAAGCCAAAACUUUACUUUAAAAAACGUCCAAAAACAAUAUUGAAGACUGGACCAGAAUAUGGUCAAGGAAUGAAUCCCAUCAGUCGUCUGGCUCAGAUCCAACAAGCCAAAAAGGAGAAGGAGCCAGAGUAUGUUCUUCUUUCAGAGAGAGGAAUGCCUCGCCGUCGAGAGUUUGUUAUGCAGGUAAAAGUAGGCAAUGAGAUUACUACUGGAACAGGCCCAAACAAGAAAAUAGCUAAAAGAAAUGCAGCAGAAGCAAUGUUGCUACAGCUGGGUUACAAAGCCUCUACUCCUCUUCAAGACCAGCCAGAAAAGCUUGGAGAAAACAAGAGUUGGAACGGCCAGAAUGUUGGGUUUCCUGAGCCAACAAGUAACACACCAAAGGGAAUACUCCAUCUCUCUCCUGAUGUUUAUCAAGAGAUGGAAGCAAGCCGCAACAAAUCAGCCCCUGGUACCACUGUAAGCUAUUUGUCGUCCAAAGAAAUGAGCCAGACUUCUAGCUCUUUCUUCAGCAUAUCUCCUACAACAAAUAGCACAGCUACGAUUGCCAGGGAACUUCUCAUGAAUGGAACGUCCCCAACUGCCGAAGCCAUAGGUCUAAAAGGAAUAUCUCCUGCUUCCCCCUGUUCUGCAGUGCAGCCUUCAAAACAGCUGGAGUAUUUGGCAAGGAUUCAAGGCUUUCAGGUACACUACAGUGAUAGACAAAAUGGCAAAGAGUGUAUGACCUGUUUGACACUGUCUCCUGUGCAGAUGACUUUCCAAGGUAUCGGAAGCUCCAUUGAAGCCAGCCAUGACCAGGUAUAAUACCUUC